AUGUUGUCAAAACCAAUUCUACAUAGCAGAGUCGGAAAAUGGGCCUUACCAUUGACAGAAUAUUCAUUGACUUAUCAAUCAUUAAAAGCUGUCAAAGGCCAAAUCGUAGCCGAUUUUAUUGUAGAUCAUUCAGUAGAUGAAGUUUUGACAACUGAAAUAGAAAACCAUCCAUGGAGUUUAUAUUUCGAUGGUUCUAGUCAUAAAAAUGGUACUGGCGUGGGAAUAGUGAUAAUCUCGCCCAAACACCAUGUAUUUAAGUACAUGUUUCGAAUCAAUCAGCUUUGCUCUAACAAUGAGGCUAAAUAUGAAGCCUUAAUCACGGGUCUAGAAACCGCACUCGAACUGGGGGCAAGAUACAUUGAAAUCAAAGGAGAAUUUGAACUUGUCCUUAGACAGAUGACAAAAGAAUAUAGGUGCGUUAAGGAAAGUUUGGUCACCUAUCAUGCAAUAGCUAGCAGAUUGUUAAAACAGUUCACCCAGGCGGAAAUUUGGCACGUACCUCGAAUAGAGAACCAACAUGCAAAUGAUCUGGCACAGAGGGCCUCUGGAUACAAAAUACCGAAGGACCAGAUGCAAGAGCCGAUAAAGAUUAGAAACAGACGAAAUUCGAUGGAAUCAUUCCCUAGCAAAUCGUUAAGGCCAAAACUUGGGGGGACUGAAGCAAGUCAAAAGUCCAUAAAAGGUACAGAUUUUGUCGAAAUUUUUGUCAUUAACGAUUUAAACAAAAAUGAUUGGCGAAAACCCAUAGUGAAAUAUCUGGAAAAUCCAGAUGGAACCACCUGUCGAAAAGUGAAAUACAGGGCUUUAAGCUAUGUAAUAAUGGGCAAUGAAUUAUUCAAAAAGACUCCGGAAGGAGUUUUGUUAAAAUGCCUAGGAGAAACAGAUGCAUAUUUGGCUGUUUCGAAUACACACGACGGAAGUUGUGGAACGCACCAAGCAGGCCACAAAAUGAAAUGGCUUUUAUUUCGACAAGGUUUAUAUUGGCCAACUAUGCUCAAAGACUGCAUAGAAUUCGCAAAAGGAUGCCAAGGAUGCCAAAAAUAUGCUGGAAUUCAGCGCGUCCCAGCAAGCGAACUUCAUUCGAUAAUCAAACCUUGGCCAUUUAUAGGAUGGGCUUUGGAUGUGAUAGGGGAAAUUAAACCCACCUCAUCGAAAGGUUAUAGAUACAUUUUAGUAGGAAUAGAUUAUUUCACGAAAUGGAUAGAAGCAAUUCCCUUAAAAGAUGUUACUCAAGAGGAAGUUAUAAGUUUCAUCCAGAAGUUCAUCAUCUAUAGGUUCGGUAUUCCAGAAACCAUAACCACAGACCAAGGAUCCGUAUUCACUGGUCGAAAGAUGUCGAAAUUUGCCGAAGAUACAGGCUUUAAAUUGAUAACUUCGACGCCAUACUAUGCACAAGCAAAUGGACAGGUUGAAGCGGCAAACAAAAACAUCAUCACCAUUAUAAAACGAAAAAUAAAGGCGAAGCCAAAGAAUUUGCCUGAAAUUUUAGGCGAGGCUUUGUAG